AGUGGAUCUGGAAUUGGUUCCCCUGAUCAGAUUCUGCCCACGGCCCGUUCGGGUUUGGACCGCCUCUGAGGUGCAGCCUGUUUUUCCUGGGACGUGGGAGCCUUGUGUCUGGGAGCCUCCACUCUGGGAUCCCAUUCACACCAGGCUCUGGCUCGGCGUUCAGCUUUUAUUUAAAUCUCUUGAACGCAGCCCCGCAGCUUUUCUCUGCUGGCAAAGGCCAGUGCGCAUGCGCCCUGCUGACACUCCAGUAAUCCGUGGAGGAGAUUGCAUCCGAGUCCACUGCGCUCAGGCUGCUACCAGUGAGGGAGAAUUAAAAAUGAUGGAGGAGACGUGGAAUUGGAGAAAGGCAGGCUGAGAUGUUCGGACGUGGUUCUGGGACGGAUCGGGAUGUCGCGAUGAGCAACCGGGACGGGAACGAGGAUGAAUCCGAAUCCAAGACAGCGAGGCUCGGCUUGCGAAUAUGAGAAACCCGCAGACAGGAAUGAAGCCGGCAGAAGAUAAGAGGUUUUCUCUGGGAUCUGUAUAUCUGUGGUACGUGGACGCAGGCGCAGAAGGGGAGACCAGCAGCGCUGCUGUUCAUUAUAAGGCUAAAGUGGACCGGCGCGCUGCUUUCCUGACCACCUAAUUACUGCUCGAUACUUUGUCUCCUGCCCCAUCAUCCCUCGGUCCAAAUGCACACUGUGAAGUUUGUCCUCCGUGUCAGUUUCGCCGUCAAGACGCGCGGCUCGUAGAGACUCGCAAUGACGGGCAGACGCGUCCAGAUCAACCCGAGCCAGCUUGCAGGAACUGGACCGGCCGCGCUCCUGGCUGCGGGAUCAGACAGAAAUUAAGCUGCGGCUCUCAGACAGGAAGACCAGGAUCAAAUCCCCGCUGUUGAGCUGGCAGAGGACCGCAGCGUGACACCCAGCACCCACUCCAGCCCAACCUCUCGGGAAAUCUGUUGGAUAACUCUUGAGGUGUAAAGAACUUUUUGAUUUAUUUUAACCCAAGAAGGAAUCCCCUCUUUACAUAUUUGUGAUAUGACAUGUUCACCUUCAGAGAGACGCAGCUGAUAUGUUGCUUUUAAAUCUCCACAGCAGCUGUUCCUCUGAAAGGGGAAACCUGGAGAUUUGCAUACUUGUUGUUUUGCCAAAACUCCUCCCUUGAAAUCCAGUGCAUUAAUUUCCUCCAGCUUCCCUGUUGUAAAUAAUUCUUCAGGCUACUUUCACUUCCAACUUUCAAUUUCUUGACAUGUAUGUCGUGUUAAAACUCAACAAACAGAUUUGCGUACCUACGUAUUUCAGGUGUUUAACGCUGAUUUUCUGAGCAUGUCUAAUAGAGAGGACAGGAAGCGCUUCCAAGGACUUUUCAUAUGCUAUGCACAAGAUUUGCUGCAGAAUGUCGCAAGCCUAGAAAAUGCAAGGAGAGAAUUGCAAGGCUUUGCAUCAGAAAAACUACAUUUCGACCUCUGGAAUCAGUAAAAAUGCUCCCACUAUUCAGAACUUUUCGCAUGAACUCUGGGAAACGCAGCCGACUUUGGAUCGUCUACCUGCAGAUCACCAACAUUUGUGAGCAGCCCGUCUGUACCUGAGCCGAGGAGGAGGUCUGUGCUGUUCUUGAGGACCUCGGUGUGCUGCACCUGCUUCAGAUCUGGAUCCCUCAACUUCUGUGCUGCAGGGAAAACAGAAGCGAACAGGUAUCAGGAAGAAAGCAGGGUCUAUUUGACCUAAAUCUGUGGAGAUGGGGAGCUCGGCCUCGUCUCUCGCUGCAGAGACCGAGUCGGACCAUGGCUUUGGCAGCACCUCCUACCCGUCGUCGCCCCCUGUGGGCUGGCUCAGAAACAGCCACAGCAGUCCUGUGUGGGGAACCACCUUCAUCACACGGCAGCACCAGCAGCCUGUGCCGCACCGGGAGCGCAGCCAUUCCCACUCUCCUGGUUCUAUGGCUGCAGCAGUGCGAAGCAGCGAGUGGUCAUGUGGACGCUGCACCUUCCUGAACGCAGGCGCGGCGCCCCGCUGCUCCAUCUGCGAGGCGCCGCGCCAGAAACCCGAUCUGAACCAAAUCCUGCGGCUGAGCAGCACUGAGGAGCAACGCUGGGCCUGCCCACGCUGUACGCUCAACAACCCACAGGGAUCUGGAGCCUGCUCGGUCUGUGGCUUCGGCCCAUCGUCCGCCACCAACACCCCACCUACCACAACCAUAGCCGUCACUGCCAAUGGCCUCCCAUCUGCUCCAACUGAGCCCUCGACACCCACAGUCACCCCCACGGUACUACUUGAGCCCAAUGGACAGCAUCCGGUCAAAGAGGACGCGUUGCGCCGCUCGGAGAGUAAUGGAGAAGUGAGUGGCCAUGAAGGGCAGAACCCUGGUUGGGCUUGUGCCCGGUGUACGCUCCACAACACCCCAGUGGCUCUAUCAUGCUCAGCCUGCGGCGGACCCAGAAAACUGUCUCUGCCUAAAAUCCCCCCAGAGGCACUGGUAGUACCGGAGGUGCGUACGCCUGUCGUCGGGUUUCCCGUUCACCCAGCACCGUCAGCACCCUUAGUCAUCGACCUCACAGAGGAGUCCAACACCCCCACUCCGCCUGAUACUCAAGAAUCUCCCCAGGUUUCGUCACAGGGUCUCUCUUCGCCUUAUCCAACAUUCCCGUCCCUCCAGAACAACCCCGUGCCCCGCAGCCGGAGAGAGGUCCCCCCACCAGUCCGCCCGCAAAGCCAAGGCACCAACAGUCCCAGCCCCACCUCCCCGUCUACGGCCGUCGUGCCCCCGCAGCUGGGCCCGCAGCGGCCAGCCAAGCCCAAACACGCACAACCCCAAGAAGUUUCGUACCCCAGCAAGCGCCUCAGCAUCUUGGAAGAAGAAGACCCUCAGCACCACCCGCUGACUCCGGCUAACCCCACCUGGAAGUGCCCCAGCUGCUCUUUGCCCAAUGCUGUUAGCUCAGCCAAGUGUGAGGGCUGCCGAUCGUCAAGGGCUGGCGCUGACCUCAUCGACCUGGUAGGUUGUGAAACGGUACGAUUUACCCCAGCUAGUCCAUCCAGUCCGGACUUUAGCACCUGGGCGUGCUCCAAGUGCACCCUGCGGAACCCCACCGGCACACCCAAGUGCUCAGCUUGUGGUUCUUCCAAACUGCACGGCUUUCAGGAGCAGCAGACCUCUCGCUGUUGUUCACACUGCGGCUCCACUUCGUGCUCUUGUCCACCCUCCUCCACCCCGUCGGGUCAUAAAGCACGAAAACAGGCCCGGGUCUUCCCUUCCGCUGCCGGCGCUUCCUCCGGUUCGUCGGCCUCCGCCUCGUCUGGCCUCCAGGAGAAAGCAGGACAGUGGAGCUGCCCUGCAUGCACGCUUCUCAACGACGUCAAGGCCAAGAACUGUGCAGCGUGCCACACAGCGCAGCAGUACCUCACCCUGCGCAAGGUGGUGAAGCCCCUGAAGAGGAGGGAGAGCAUGCAUGUGGAGGCUCGCCGACGGAACGAUGAGGGAGAAGCCAAGGAGCUGUGGGAGAACAUCGUCAGCUUCUGCAGAGAGAACUCUGUGAACUUCGUGGACGACAGUUUCCCCCCAGGCCCUCGCUCCGUGGGCUUCCCCGACGGCGACAGCGUCCAGCAGCGGAUCAAAAAGUGGCUGCGUCCCCACGAGAUCAACUGCAGCAACUUUAAAGACAGAGGUGUCAAAUGGUCCGUCUUCCGCACGCCGCGGCCCUCCGACAUCCUCCAAGGGCUCCUCGGAAACUGCUGGUUCCUGAGCGCGUUGGCAGUGCUGGCGGAGCGGCCGGAGCUGGUGGAGAGAGUCAUGAUCACCAGAACCAUCUGCCCAGAGGGCGCCUACCAGGUCCGGCUCUGCAAAGACGGGACAUGGACCACGGUGCUGGUGGACGACAUGCUGCCCUGCGACGACUACGGAUACCUCCUCUUUUCACAGGCACAAAGGAAGCAGCUCUGGGUGGCUCUGAUCGAGAAGGCCCUGGCCAAACUCCACGGGUCCUACUUCGCCCUGCAGGCAGGGCGCGCCAUCGAGGGCCUGGCCACUCUGACCGGGGCGCCCUGCGACUCCCUCAUGCUCCAGGUCAGCUCCACUAAUCCCCGAGAGGAACCCAUCGACACCGACCUGAUCUGGGCCAAGAUGCUGAGCUCCAAGGAGGCUGGGUUUCUAAUGGGAGCUUCUUGUGGAGGCGGGAACAUGAAGGUGGACGACGCCAUUUAUGAGUCCUUGGGUCUGAGGCCCAGACACGCCUACUCCAUUCUGGAUGUUCGCGAUGUUCAGGGCUACAGGUUGCUGCGGUUGCGUAACCCUUGGGGUCGCUUCUCCUGGAACGGCAGCUGGUCGGACGAGUGGCCGGACUGGCCUCAGCACCUCCGGCACGAGCUGAUGGCUCAUGGCAGCAGCGAGGGCGUCUUCUGGAUGGAGUACACCGACUUCAUAAAAUACUUUGACUCAGUCGACAUCUGUAAGAUCCACUCAGACUGGCAGGAAGUGCGUCUCCAGGGUUGCUUCCCCAGCAAAGCCAGUGGCCCGGUCACCGUCACCGCCCUCACCGUGUUGGAGCGCACCGCUCUGGAGUUCGCUCUCUUCCAGGAGGGAAGCAGGCGCUCGGACACGGCCGACAGCCACCUGCUGGACCUCUGCAUCAUGGUGUUCCGCGCUUCGUUCGGCAGCGGCAACAAGCUGACCCUGGGCCGUCUGUUGGCCCACAGCAAGCGGGCCGUCAAGAAGUUCGUGGGCUGCGACGUGAUGCUGGAGCCGGGGGAGUACGCGGUCGUCUGCUGCGCCUUCAACCACUGGCAGAUGAACGUGAGCGGGACGGGAGCUCCGCCCACGCCCAUCUCCAGUCCCACCAGUGCGGCGGCCCGCCGGCCCAGCCAUGACUUUCCCGGCUACAUCCUGGCCAUCUACAGCUCUCGCCAGGUGAUGGUGGAGCAGGUGGAGGCCACACCCACCACACUGGCCGACGCCAUCAUCCUGCUCACGGAGAACAAAGGAGAACGACACGAGGGUCGUGAGGGUAUGACCUGCUACUACCUGACCCAUGGAUGGGCGGGGCUUAUCGUGGUGGUGGAGAACCGCCACCCCAAGUACUACCUCCACGUUUCCUGUGACUGCACCGACAGCUUCAAUGUGGUUUCCACGCGCGGCAGCCUCAAGACCAUCGACAGCGUUCCACCUUUACACAGGCAGGUGCUGGUGGUACUCUCCCAGUUGGAGGGAAAUGCAGGUUUCUCCAUUACCCAUCGCCUCGCCCACCGGAAGGCGGCGCAGGCUUCCCUGGGCGACUGGACUCCCACCAAGGCCACCCACAGCCCCCACCUCACCCCUGACAUUGAUGGGCUGCACAGGCCCAGGCCUCUAUGACCCCUGCCCUCUUCACCCCCCACCCAUAGACUGUAACCCAACAACCUGUCGGACCACUGAAAAAAUCAAGCAAUGGUAGAAAAGAGCUGUGGGGAGCCAUGAGUUGCAGAGGAAGGCGAGUUUUCUGGUUUUGGAAGUGCAUAUGAAUGUGAAGUCUACAGAGCGUUUACUGGAUCUCCAGAUUUUUUAUUUUUCUUUAGCCAUGUGGAAGUGCCAUUUCAGGAUGAGAAGAGGGGAAAUGGGCCUCGACAGAAUCCAGACCGAGACACUAUGGGAAGCUAGCUUCAAGCUAAACUACUGAGCCAUGGCCCCGCCCACACUCAGUCACUCACUUCCUCCACAUGUCGUCCUCAACAGGAUGCUCACCAGUCCUCAGUGUGGUACAUUAUGAGCCAAACCAGCUGGGUUUACAGCGUAAUUAAUGUUUCUUUUAUAUUUAGUCUUACUUGUUUUGUAGCCUGACCUUCACCACUUUUUCCAUUAAGCUUGCAGAUGAAGCCAUUACUCACCCAGUGCAGUCUGUCCCCACUCAGAGUAGCUCAGGACCAAACUUUUUUUCUGUCAUCAUGUAAAUGUUUUGUAGCAGGCUGUCAGAAAGCUGGAUUUAGUGUCCAUCUUUUUUCUCUGCUGUGAUUCUGGGACCUUCCGUCUUUUAAAAAUGCUGAAUCAGGAAGAUGAAAUCUCUGCUUGGAUUAGACAACACACUGUAAGACCUGUCCUUUCUGAUAGAUUAUCUUCUUGAAAGGAAUAGUUCAGUGAUUUUAAAGUGGGAUUUUUGAUAUCUCUUGGUGUUUCCCUGGAUCUGCAUGGUAAAUCUGAUGGCUAAAAUCCAAAAUGGACGUCAGCCAUUAUAAAGCUCUGCAGGUUUUCAAAAACGCCUCAUAAAAGUUGUUUUUUACACCUUUAAAUCCUCAUUGCUGCACAGAAACUGCACAGGAAAUUGAUGUUGGAGGUGUUGCGUCACCAACAGUCUUCCUGUGUGAAACUCAUUCUGAGAACCAAAAGUGAAGCAAAUGAAUCAAAUAGCUUUAACAUCGAGAAAAGCUCAGAUCAGAAUUCAUUGUUGAAUCUUUGCACUGCAAAAACACAAAAUCUCACUAACUAUUUUUGUCUAGUUUCUAGUGCAAUUAUCUUAGUACACUUGUAAUUGAUUCUAAAUGCUUAAAUUUGGCUAAAAUUAUAGUUUAAAUUUUUUAGUGAAGAAAAAGCCAAGCAGCUAAGCUAAAAGCUGGUAAUUACCAAUGAAAUUUGAUACAAUAUGGAACCUUUUGAAAUAGUUUUACAUAGAUGUGUUUACACUGUCUUUUCCUCAUCAGUCACAAAACUUAAACAGAACCUCUCGAAUAGAAAAAUUGGUUUCUGAAUUAAAAAUUGUUUCUGAAUCAAAUUGUGACCCUAAAAUUGGAAUCACAUGAAAUUGCUAGCACUGAAAGAUUUGCAUCUUAUUCCCAGCCUGUUUCUCUCAGGAAGAUUGUUGGUGACGCACUGCCUCCAGCUUCUAUUUCCUGUGUAAAUCAUUGCAGAUGUGAAAGCAACUAAAGGUUCAUAAAAUAUGAACCAUCUUAGCAUCAUAAAAUGCUAUGAUGUUCUGGAUUUGGGUGUGUGACAUAGUAGAAGUCUCCUUUGGCCUUUGUUAGCCUCAGAUGUUUAUGCUAAAUGAAGAAGCCAUGAAUUAUGUCUGCAGGUGGAAAAUCCUGGACUAUCCCUUUAAGAGAACCAUAUAUAUCUUUGCUUACAAACUUCUUGUUUACGAGGUAACGUCUCGUUUUAACAUCAUGUUGCACUCAAGGUGAAGGUCAGCUUUUAUCCAUUGUUUGUCAACAUGUCACUUUAAGUUUUAGUGUAGCUUUAGAGCACUAAGGAGCUCCACCUGCUACUAGGGGGCGCUCUAACAGAACUGGUGGGUUUAUUUCAGGAGGUCAGGGAUUCUCAGGCAUCUUCUCCGACAGGACGUCAGCAACACGAUGUUUGGAAACGCCAAAAAACAAACAAACAAACAAACCCAGAGCUGUUUUCAUUUUUGCUGUAUUCUCACAUCUGCAGUCAAAGCCAUCACUCCAGAUGAAUGUGGCACGAAAGUCAAAGAGAAGAACGCCUGUCUUUUUUAAUUAAGUUUUUGUCUAACAUUUACUUUGUGUAAUGGAGGAAACACUUGAAAGCUGAUGAGCAAAUUUUCUGAUGCGUUCAGAAUUAGUGAUUAGUUUGUACUAUUCAAACUUUAAAUCCUCAACAUAUUUACUGAGAUGAGGAAGAAUUUGUGGUUUCGGGUUUUUUUCUCCUGUCUUUCAUCUUUCUGUCUGUCGGGUUUGGGACGACUGUGUGGCCACAGUUGUGCAGCUGUGAGCUUACAGUCUAAUUUAUUCACACAAGUGAUGAGCAGGCAUGUUUUCCAAUGAAUGCUGUUGAAUAGCUGAGAUCAUGAAUGAUGGAGAGCUGGGAUGAAACUUUGUUUAGAUUGAAAAAUAAAUGAACAAAAACUGCAAAGACGAGGCACAUCAAACUUUUAAUGUCAUCAGAUUCACUCUUCUUUUAUGUCCUCUUCUAUUUCCGUCAUCUUUUGUUGAGUUGUGUUGGAGGCGCCCCCUGCUGGUGAAAAGAAGUGGUUGGUCCAGCAAACUUAUGCCUUUUCUCUCCUCAUUUUUUCCUCCUUGUAAAUUGUACAGACUGCAAAAUUACAAAACUUGACAUAUUUGAAAAUAAUAAGAGAAAAAAAAAUGAGCUGAUCCUUUUAAACUUGUAAAAACUUUGCAGUAUGAUAGUAGAGCUGAACAGAAAAAUAACCUGAUAUGAAAAAAAAAACAAAUGCUGACGAAUGUGAUAUAUAUAUAUUUUAGUGAUUUUUUUUCGGGGGGAGUGGGUUGGAUUAUGAACAGCUGUAUAAAUCUGUAUGUUUAAUUUUCAAUCUCAGGUUCCGAUGGACCAAAUAAAAAAAUUUUUGUAAUUAAAA